UGGCGUUGGAGAAGAUCGGUUUCUACAUACGUGAUUCUGCAUCGCGUGUACUCUAUUUUCAAAAAGUUUGAACGUUCUGAUAAUCGCAUUGAUAAUUCUCAAGACGGCGUAUGGAGCAGCUCGCAAAACUCGGGAGUCAUUAAAAAAAAAAAAAGAAGCAUAAUCAAAUAUCCUGAUUAUUAUUAUUCAGAUCACUGACUCACACACACAGUAAGGAUUGGUGAUUUUGCUUUUGUCAAAAAAAAAAAGGAGUAUAAUUGCUUUUUAUCUUAACGAGACAAGCUCUCUAUUAGAAAACAUGGAUACGGAACCAGUGUUAGAAGAGGGUGAAAUUGUCGACGAUGAGCCAAGUGACAUCUUUGAACCAUACAAAAUCUUAGAAAGACCUCACAUACCACCACCUGCUGCAAAUACACGUGCAAAACUGGGAUACAGUGAUGAAUCUGAUGAAUCUGCAGAUACCGAAAGUGAUUCUGAUUCAGAUUCUGCGCAUACUGUUAAGAAAAGACCUAAACUUAAACUAAAGAAACACAAAAACUUUUCAAAAGACUGUCCAAGCAGAAAUGAUAAGUACAAUGUAUGGUGUACACAAGUGCAAGAAGAAUCAUUAACAGAAGACUUAACAUUGUGUGGUGUUACAAAGAAAUUACAAGAACGCAGUGUUGAAAGUUAUAACUUCACUCUCUCACGAUACAUGUCAAAUGGCAGAGAAUCUCAUAAUCACAACAGUUCUGAUGAUGAAAAAGAUAUUGAACAAAGAAUAACUAACAAGAGAACAAAUUCAGACAGACAUAACAUAAAAUUGAGAUUGGGUAAAAGAAAAAACUUGAUGGAUUUUGACAGUCAGAAAGGUUCUGUUAGAAUAAUAGCAGACUUGUCCACAACUGUGGAGUCGACAGAUGCUGAUGUUGCUACUGAUAUAACAACUAAGCUUAGUGAACGAAAGGAUCUUCUCAUAAGACGAGUGGUAGAUAUAAUUGGUAAAGAGAAAGCUAUCGAUUUCUUUCAAAAAACAAGAAAGAUAGAAGAAGACGGCGGAAUGUUAAUAAUGAAUGGAUCUCGUAGAAGAACCGCCGGUGGAGUAUAUUUUUGGUUGGUGAAAAAUGACAAGCAUAUCCCACAAGAAAAAAUAAGAGAAAUAUUUUACUACGAUCAAAAAGAAACCAGCGAGCAAAGAAAAAAAGCCGAUGCUGAUGCAAAAAGACAAAAAGCACAAGAACUGAUGAGAACUUUUGAAAAUGGAUCCGAAAAAGAUUUACCGGCUUUGUUAACUAGAGCGGAGCUCUCGACCAGAGAGAUUGCAGAGCAAGCGAGAUUACGACGUGGAGAGGGUAUGGACAGAAUGCCAGUAGACUCGGAUCGCACGGUAUCGAAUCCACCACCUAGUCCAGUAACGGAUGAUCCGGAUCACUCCGAGCAUCCAUUGGUACAAAGACAUGUCCAAGAUUACACUGACGAUUUUCUCGAUAUCGGAGUAGAUAUAGAUAGUAUGGAAGUACUUUAAAACUGUGUUCUAGAUCUUAUGUUUGCACAUAACAUAAAUGUUUGUACAAAAAUAUAUAAACUACACACAUAUACACACAUACACAAUACAUACAAAUAUAUAUGUGCAUAAUUUGUACAGAACAUGGUGCAGAGUACUUUUUAUCCUGUUCACAAAAACGAACAAACUGAAAACGGUGACAAAAUUUGUUCGACUCGUGUUUGAUAUCUUUAUUUAUAAAAUUUGUGUUGACAUGGUUUAUUAUAGAUUUUUAUCACUUGAUAUAUAUCUUACGUUUAACAAAUUGGCAACAUUUAUAAACGUGAGUAAUGAGAGAAUUCUUGAGAUUAAAUAGCUAUAUAAACGUUAUAUAAAUUAUGUAAAAUUACAUAUAGAAAAAACGUAUAACACAGUAUAUACAUCAAACGCCUAAAUAAAUUUUAUAAGUUAGAGCACACAUACACAAACGCGUAAUCUUUGUAUAUAACACCUGUUAUAUAAAGGGAAGAUUUAGAAAAAAAAAUUGUAUAAUUUGUACAAUAUAUAUUAAAAUUGACACAGUAUACAUGUUUUUUGUUUAUUUUACGUUAUUGGGUCUCCUUCAAAAAUAAAAACAAAGUUUUAAGAGAUAACAAGAAUGAGAUAGUAAAAAGAGACGCAAAGAUGAUAAAACAAAAGUACAAAAUAAAG